AUGGUGGAAAUUCUCGAUCCGACCCCAGCUUUUGCUGACAAAGAAUUCAUCGAUUGGUGGGAGCAUCUUGGAAUUCAGCCGGUAAGUAACCGUUGUUUGUUUCUGAUUUCACGGUCCUUCUUUUCCGCAAGGAAUGGAAGUCAUCGAAAAAGGCAAAAUUCUGCACGAAUUGAUUCAUUUACGAAAUAUUUGCAGAUGCUUCAAGAAGUCUACAACCAGACCUUUACGUCUGAGUUCUCUCAUCGCACUGUAAAGCAGACUUAUUUAAAUUUGAUAAAUGCUCAUCGACAGAGAAUACAGCGUUUUUUCAUAGCUGAAGACGAGGAUGAAGACAAGAAAUUAGCUGAUACGAUGGCAGAAUUGGAUGAUAUUGCGCGCAAGGUGGAGGAAAUGCGGACAUAUGAGGAGGCAAUGGAGCAGCAGAGAAGGUUCAACGAGCUGUUUCGUCAAAUUUGUGGGGAGGAUAAUAUGGCAAGCUUGAAAACAUUUUGUGGGGGUUUUGGUUACCAAUGUGGGAUACAACAUUGUUGCUAUGAAAUGAGACUUUAUUUAGCGUAACUUUCACUGCAGUUAAUAAUCUCAUAGAGAGGUUGCAUCGGCAGCACAAAACAUUUACAGUGCUGACAAUAUUUUUAUCCUUCGAGUCUCCUAUAUCACCAUUUUCAGGAAGAAAAACUGCACUCACAUUGGGAAUCAUUGGAGCGAAAUUCUCGGGAGGUUAUGAAAAAUAUGGAGGAAUAUGUGCGAGAAUGUUCGAAGGCGACAAUCGAGAUUGAACAGAAGAUAUUGGACGGGAACAAACAGUACGAUGAACGAAGGUUCUUUAUUGUGAGGGAAGCGGAGAAGAAAACUGUCGAGUUUAUGACGAAAAGAUACCAUAGUAUUCGAAUCAGGAUUCUUCAGGACCUAAGGAAGUUUCUACAGGAAAAGGUGAUACUUUUAGUAAAUACUAUAAGUGCAAUUUCAGAGCGAAGAACAUCUUCAGUCACAGAUUGCAAAGCUUUUGAGAAUUUACAACGAACGAAGAGAAGCAAGGGCCCAUUUGUCCAAAUUAAGGUCCAAAUUGAGCUCUCUUCGGAUUCGAUAUUACAGUGAGCCAGUAGAGAAGGCGAUUGAAUUGGACACCUUGAGAGAUCAAGUCCAUAAAAAUGAUCAGGAGGUGAGUUUUAAAAAGGCACAAAUAUUUUAGUUCGCAAAAAAUGUGACCGAUUAUGACAGUUGUUUGUUGCAAGUAAGCUCCGUUUGACAUAAUCUAAAAGGUUUUGACGAAAUUUGCUGAGAAAAAAGCAAAGCCCCUCUCAAGGAACUAUUAACAAUACUAAAUCAUGUUUUCAUGUCUUAGAUCGCUCUUCUGACUUCCGAACUAAAAAAUCUCGAGACAAAUGCAGCUGGAAUGGAGCCCAUCGAUUCUGUUCGCGUUGAAUAUUCUCCAGCCCAGACUUCACCAAUCUAUGACGUCACUCCAGUCGAAAAUGCUCAACAACAUAAGAGAAACAGAGCCGUUUCGAUGACUCAAGUGAUAGAGAGACUAAAAGUUCCUCAGAUGAAAUUUGAUUUGGAAGAGAAAGAUUAA